AUGUUUGCAUUAAGUGCUUCUACAGCUCCUGAUACAAUUGGAGUACUCUUUAUUAUGUCUAUUGAUCCUUCAAUUUCCUCAACACCAUUUGCAUGCAUUCAGAAAUAUAGUUUUUCCGCAGAAGAAAAAGAAAUUCUUUUCUCUAUGCAUGCUAUCUUUCGUAUUGGUAAUAUAAAAAAACAUGUAAGGUAUGAUCAAGUCUAUGAAAUAGAACUUCAAUUAACUGCUGAUGAUGAUCAAGAUCUUCGUAUACUUACAGAUUGGUUAUCAAAAGAUGUCGAAGAUGAAAUAGGAUGGAAACGAUUAUGUAAUUUAUUGAUAAAGAUUGGUCAACUUGAAAAAGCCGAAGAAUUUUAUAAUACACUAAUUGAACAAACAUCGGAUGUUAAAGAUUUAAUACAUUAUUAUGGUCAACUUGCAUCCAUCAAAUUUCAACAAGAUGAUAAAAAAAUGUCGAUGUCGUAUCAUAUGAAAAUCAAAGAGCUCGAAAAAACAACAUCUUCAAAUAAUUCUGAUUUCAAUAAUAAAAUUAUUGCAACCAUCAUGAAUUUUAGCGAAAACAAUAAAACCGUCAUGUUUCACAGCGGUGAUUGUACAUUAGCUUCUGAAGCAGUUCUUAAAUGUGAUGUGAUGCCGAUGGAAGAGUUUCAAGAAAAACAAGUAUCUGCAAAUGCAUUUCGAUUCUAUGAGAAAGCAUUGGCAGAUUUCGAAAGAAACUUAUGUUCAACAACUAUAUACAAUUCUGUCGAUCCAGUUGAUGAUGACUUAAAACAGACAUGUCCAUUACUUUGGUUUCAAAGAAAAAUGCUGGAAAUCCGACAGAAAUAUCUUCCUCCAACUCAUUCUGAUAUAGCACGAUCAUACAGUGUUGUUGCUUCGUUAUAUAGGAAAAGAGAAGAUCAUUAUCAAGCACUUUCAUUUUAUCAAAAAUCGAUCGAUAUCUACGAAAAAAUUCUUCCCUCAAAUCAUCCAUUUUUAGCAUGCCUAUACAAUAAUAUUGGGACCACGUAUAAAUGCACAGGUGAAUAUUCACAAGCACUUUUCUUCGUAAAAAAAUCACUUGAAAUUGGCGAAAAGGUUCUUCCUCCAGAUCAUCCUGAUCUAAAUUCUACUUACGGUAAUAUUGGGAAUAUAUAUCAAUUAUUGAACGAAUAUUCUAACGCAAUCGUUUAUUAUGAAAAACGACUUGCGAUUCACCAACAACAACUUCCAUCAAAUGAUUUGAAAUUGGCUGAUGAUUAUGGAGACAUUGGUUUAAUGUAUAACAAACUCAACGACUAUGCAAACGGAAUCGUUUAUUAUGAAAAACGACUUGCGAUUCACCAACAACAACUUCCAUCAAAUGAUAUGUGGUUGUUUGAUAGUUAUGAACACAUUGGUACAAUGUACAUCAAACUCAACGACUAUGUAAAUGCAAUCGUAUUUUAUGAAAAAGCUCUUGAUUUUACUGAAAACUAUUUUCCUUCAGAAUAUGCGACAAUGUUUGUUUAUUCUUGUCGAAUUGCUAACUUACAUGGAAAAAAUGAAAAUUAUUGGCAAUCCGUUUUCUUCUAUCAAAAGGCAGUUGGAAUUAAUCGGUAUUUAUCUUCCAAUCCCCUCAAUUUAGCGCUUUGUUACAAUAAUAUUGGUGCCGCAUAUACUAAACUGGGUGAAAAUUGGGAAGGUUUGUUUUAUUUAGAAAAUGCUUUGAAGAUGAAGAAAAGCUGCAGUUCAGAGGACGAAUCUUGUUUGGGAUCUAUUGAAGAUAAUGUCAAUCGUUUGAAAGAACUUUUGAAUGAAAAUGAACAUCAAAGUGGAUGA